GAGCCUGAUUGGACUAAAGUACCCAGAAGAAGGCGUGUCUCAUUUCUGACACUGUGUAUGUGGGGUGUGUGUGGGUGUGUGUGUGUGGGGGUGUGUAUGUGUGUGAGAGAGAAGACAGACAAUCCAAUUAGUCUCAGCCACAAAGGAGGCCAUCGUUAUCCCCCACCUGCAGCUUAUCAAACCAUUUAUUGCUGCUUUUGAGACUUUGGUUUUAUUUUUGUGAGGGGAAAAAACUGUUGAUUUGGUUCAGAAGAAUUUAUAAGUGUAAACGUGAUUUGUAUAUAUAUUUUUAUACACACACGAACACGUCUUGCUGGAGCUAAAAUCCUGUUUCCUGUGAUAUCCAUCUUUGGUUUUUUUUCUCCCCAAGUGAUUAACUAAAGAAAUUUAGUCCAAAUUGUGUGUUUGAAACAGGAUACUAGUAAGGAGCAUGAAGAACCGAUUUAAAAUGAGCUGUUAUCUAAGCUAUCUGAUGUGUCGACACUACAUUGUGUCUUCCUUUAGGAUUCAGAGCCAUUUUGUACCAGAAUGAUUCAAUUCUCAGAGGUGAACAGCUCUAGAAACUGUAAAUGAGUGAAAAAUUCAAAUAACUUUACAAGAAAGUUGCACAUUCCUCAAGUUUUAAAUAAUUUGUGUUGUUAAAAAGCAAACACAAGUCCAUAAAAAGAGAAACGUUCAUGUCUUUGUCCUCCGUUUUAUCUCAGUGACCAUGUUUUCUGACCUACUUGUCAGUCUUCAUCACCUGUUGUUGAACAGAUCUGCAACAGCAUUUAAGAACUUUAUUUUAAAUGUUUACUUCUGCAACUUUUUAAUCACGUAACAACAAACUUAGUGCAUUAGUUUAAUUUUAAUAUGAUUGAAGUAGUGGACAGAAAAAAAAACUGUUUUCUAAAUGUUUGUGCAUGUACAAACAAGAUUUGCAUGUACAAAUCCUGUUUAAUUUUCACCUAAUUCGUAAACAACGUAAUUUAAUCUCAGUGUAAAUCCAGCUGUUCUGUUUGUUAGAGAACUUUAGUGAAGAGCCUGAACAACCCAAACCCAGGAACACAGCAGACAGGUCAGGGAGGGAUUUAAAGGAUGUUAGGUUUUAAAACAAACUCCCAAGCACAGGCGGACUGAGCCCAUUUGGUGCCCUGGGCAAACAACAUUCAGAGCGCCACCAGCGAACAGACGCAACUGCACCAAACUCCAGUUGUUUUGUGCAAAAAAUGUUAGAAGCAUAUCAAUUUCCUUCCACUCACAGUUAUGCAAAUCAAACAUCAAACCAAGACAAUUAUACUUUAUGGUCCUCUGUCACUUAAAAGCUGAAUAAAACUAAAGUUUGUUGCAAUGUGAUAAGGUAAAAACUGAAAUGGAAGUGAAACAGUAUCGAAGACUCUGUAAAAAUCACCAAAUUCACUAGGAUUGGCUGUUUUACUGAAGGAUUAAGUUUUUAUUCUGUCUAUACCCUGGACAUGCAUUCCGCUCAGAAUACAUGAUUCAGCUCUUCAGCAGCCGUGUGAAGGUAAAACAUCACAAAACCUCAGAGCCAGUGUUUAAACCCAUCUCUGGGUCGGAGAUUUAAGCUUUUCUUUAUAAAAGGGGGUGAGACGUUCGUCCUGCAUCUCCGGGAACAAACCGACCCACUCCCGUUCAAAAUAUUUUUUCUCUGUGCGUAAAAUGCUGCAUCCUGGCGCGGAGGAUCUCUUGGAAAGACCUCCGUGUCGGUGGAGCUUCCUUCACGCCCUGCUGCUGUGGGUCGGUGCUGAGCAGGAGUGGCAUCUCGGCGACAAAAUCCCGCUGAAAGAGCGUCCUUUAGAGCCCAGGCAUGCAUGAAGCUGUGAGCUCACUGGCGUUAUAAAUAUCCCCAGCAGAAGCACCGCGGCCGGAGUAAUGCCCACCCGCGCCGCACGCCUGUGCGCGCAAACCUUCUGGGUUCUUGACCUCGCCACUGGAUCGGUUAAAAUGCAAAACGCGGCGUGUUGAGUCUCCUGCUGGGAAGAAUGAAUCUUCCUCUCUGCCUUCUGACCUUCGCUCACUGGAUUUGCGCCGCGGCCGCAGCGCAGCGCGCCUCUUUGCUCCUUCAGGAGGGGAUCAGCUCGGGACGCAGGACCUGCAGGCUCUACUGCAGGGUUGGCAUCGGCUUCCACCUCCAGAUUCAUCCCGACGGCAGAGUGAACGGCAGCCAUGAGCCCAACCAGCUGAGUGUUCUGGAGCUGAUUGCGAUUUCUCAGGGUGUCAUCGGCAUCAAAGGGGUUUACAGCAACAGAUUCCUGGCCAUGAAUAAAAGAGGACGGCUUCACGCCACCGAAUGGUUCUCAGACGACUGCAAGUUCAGGGAACGUUUCCAGGAGAACAGCUACAACACCUACGCCUCUGUAAUCCACAGGAACCAAAGGACCGGUCGGGAGUGGUAUGUUGCCCUCAAUAAGCGGGGGAAAGCUAAAAUGGGCUCCAGUCCGCGGGUCAAAUCCCAGCACGUCUCCACCCACUUCUUACCCAGGGCCAGCCUGCAUGACUUUACCCAGAAAGGCUUCACCAUCACAGAGCGGAGCAAAGAGAAGAGGAAAGCACCGCCGCCGUCGCCCCCCAGGACCCUAGCCGUGAUCCCGAAAGCCCCCACAGGACCAGUCCAGAGACACAGACAGGUCAAAUACUGGCCCAAGUUCAGGUUCGGAUAAGUUUGCAAAGGAGGGACCAGAAUAAUAAACUUUAAAUAAACUGGACUAAAGUCAUUUCUGAUGCUCAAAUCAUUCCAGGAUUCUGUGUGGCAUGGAAAACAAACCCAAAGGACUGCCAGGAACACUCACUCAACCUGACGCUCGGAUCUGUGGUGACGGGUGGAAGUUUUCUUUGCACUUAACUCUGUGUUGCUCUGUCCUGUUGUACAUUAUCACUAAUGUUCUGGUUAUUAUGCUUUUAAAGCAGAAAUCCUACCUGAACACAUCAGGUAACAAGUUUUUGUUUUUAUAUCGAAUGUUACACAAAACUGUUUUUUAUGUCUCAGAUAAACAUCUUGUUUUAUAAUUCUUAUAUAUUAAAAAAUCUGAAAAAGCAUGGCUGCAUUAAAUCAAAUAAAGUUGGUUCACAGGUGUUGAUUAAUCCUGGAGAAGUUGGUGUGGAUCCAAUCAGACACAGAACUUUCCAACCAGGAGGUAAUCAUUUCUCCCAAACGGUCCUGGACUGACUGUCAGUCCGACGCAUGUUCAGAGAUAUCCUCCAGGUCCUCUGGAUAAGAGAAAUAAUUGAAAAAGUUAUUAUAUAUUUUAAUAAAUAUGAAAUGACAAA